AAUGGAACGUCAGAUCAGAAGAAUUGGCUGCCUCAAUGUCAGUUGAGCUGAAGGUGAGACUGUGUGGCGGACACUUCACACACGCUCCAGAUAAGACAAUCUAGAAGCUUAAGUAUCAAUACGCCCGACAUAUAAAUAGAUUAAAACUUGCUAGCAAAUUGGCAUUCAACGACUAGAAUCGGUUGAAAGUAAGUCAAAGCGUAGCAACUGAAACCUUACAAAUAUAUAAAGCGGGGUAGAUACACUCUUAUGCAGAAGCAGAAGUUACCCUCCAAAUCGCACACGUUUAAAAUAGUGCUUGGAUUACAAAAAUAAAACUAAAAUCAUUUAAAAUAAGGCUUAGAAGCAAAAGAAGACACAAACCAAAGUGAAGCUCCGGUUGUGUCUGUUCGAAAGUGAAAGUUUUGCAAUCAAGCUGAGUCCGUUUAUUUAAAACCGGUUAGGAAAAUGACGUCGACGCUUAGCAGUCUACUACAGACUUUGGGUCUCAACACCUCAUCUAAAAAGGCAGUAGCAACACCACCCAAUACAGCGCUGCAUAAAUCCUUUCCCCAGGAGUCCAGCUACGGCGUUCUUCCACAUAGACUCCCCGAAAUAACGCUCUCCCUGGUCGCGCAACACGAUGAAUACACCGACUGUUGGAUCGUCAUUUACGAUCGCGUCUACGAUGUCACACAAUUUCUGCGCGAUCAUCCCGGCGGAGAGGAUAUCAUAAUGGAGCAUGCAGGACGCGAUGCUACUCUGGCCUUCCACGGGACUGGUCAUUCACAGUCGGCAAUCGACCAGCUGGGCGAGUAUCUGAUUGGUGAACUGCCAGCGAAGGAGCGUAUCUUCCGAAAUGACAAUGCAAAAGUGUUAUCUAUUGGAGUACCGCAGUGAAAGCGCACAGUAAAAUCAAAAGAAAAGUAAGGAGAGGUACACAAGUGAAAGCACUCAGAGGAGAGGGAAUAGCAAAUCACACCGCAUAGCACAAAAUUUGUUUGAACUGAGCUUCUAUGCAGAAUAAUGCUAAUAUUCGAGCUUGGCAUCACCAUAUUCACACAUGACAAGUGUGCACUUUUAAACGACCGGCGAGUGAAGCCAAAACCUUAUCAGCCAGUGACGACUUACAACUACGCAUUAGUUAAACAAAUCACACUGAACAAAUUAUAAAAUACAAAUUACAGUGAAGGCGAGGUACCGCCUUAAAAAUAUACUAGAUAAGUAAAAGCUUUAAAGAUUAUAUUCACUGAUGUACAUACAUAUGUAUGUAUAUAAGGGUGUCCGACAAUCCGAAUUUUUUAUCCAAACCCGGGUUUCGAGUUAUUCGAACAACCCAAUUUGAAAAAAAAGUCAUUUAGUUUUUAAAUUCAGAAAAAAACCUAGUUAGAACCGAUAUUUGCUUUAAAUUUUUUUCGUUUGCUUAACGCUUACAGUUAGUAAGAAACGAAAGCCAAAUAUGGAAUACAACGAUUAAAAUUAGGUAUGGCUUUGAUUUAAAACUACGUCAACUAAAUUGAUUAAGUUAAAAGUUACUCGAAUUUGGACAAAUAGUAAAAAAAACAAAUAAUAAAUACAUAUAUAAAAGUUCAGGGAUUAAAUGAUUUUUUUCUUAGUUGCUAAAAACCUAUAUUUGGCUUUUUACAAGUAUUUUUUAAAACAUUUAUUUCAUUCAACUGUUUGCUCUACGGGUCUUUAAUACUUUUUUUUAUCUACUUAAAUCUUUUCGUGAAUCAAACUCCCACCGGAAACAGAUGUGGUAGAAUAUGAAUAAAAGUGUUAUUGCGAAAAAUUACUUUAAACUGCAAUUUGCAUGGCUUUUUGACCGAGAUUUCUUUGACUAAUUUUUAUUCAACUUAUCUAUGUGAAAAAUGCUCAUUAUUGCAUUUAAAUAAAAAGUAAAUCGAAAUUAAGGGGAAACUAGUGUGGUAAUUCUGCGGAUAUUUUAAAUAAACGCACAUUUAAUAACUUUAGUGUCAACGCUUAUCAUCUUCUACGUACAUAGUUGCAUUUUUGCAAGUGCAUUAAAGCGAAUGGAGCCAAACAAAAUGUUCUCUAGUUGAUUUCAAAGCACUUUGAUUUGUUCCAUUUUUAAAAUCAUACGUAUACGAUACCAAAAAAUGUUUCGAGGUUUCAAGAAAGAACACAAUAUAAUAAAUUUACAGUGAAUUUUAGUAUGCAGUUGUAUAAAAAUUCCAGAUGAAAACUCGUUUUUACGAUGACAAAACUCCGGUUUUAUCGAUAUUCCAAAAAUCACGAUUUCAAAAAGUCUGCCCAAAAUUUUUGGGAAAACACCAGCUAAAACCCGUUUGUAAAAACCAAGUCAAUCGCCCUAUUGUAUUUGAUCGAACAUCGGUUGAUCAAACAACAGCACUCAAAAACAGAAAUUCCAAUCAACUUUUAUUUAUGUACAUACUAUACAUGCAAUUACAUGAACCGGAACAACAUAGGCACGUGCGCUUGCAUUGCUACCAUGUUAAACAUAUUCCUACAUUCUAUUUAAUGCUUCUAUAUGUGGAAACUUAAUAACUUAACUUAGGAACUUAGAACCACUUCAAUUAAAGCACCUAACACCAAUGACACCCAAUAACUUUACAGCUUUCCGCUCUGGGUGGAAAUUAUUAUUCUGUGAAAACUUUAAGUGGAUACUUCACAUACAAUGACGAUUCUGAAAGGAUAAGUUGAGCACUUUGCUCUAAAACAUAAUCUUUUGAUAAACAAAUACAUAUGAUUAUCUCUUACUCACAAUAAUUAUAAAUUAUAAAUUAUAAUUUACUUGCUCGAUGUUUAUGGAAAAGCCUUUAAUGAUCUAAAAUCGCUUAAGGUGGUAAAACGAAAUGAUAAAGUAAAAAACUAAAAUUAUCAUUGAAUUUUUAAUUUUCACUUCACCAUUUCA